ACCAAUAAUUUGUCAGUCGUCAAACAAACUCGGAGCAGCAAUCUUCAGUGCUAACAAAUAAUUUUGGCGAUUUAAGAGUUUCGAACACCCCAUUAUGUCUACAAAUAAGCUCUACAAAGUGCUAGUUGCGCAUACCGAUGUUCCACCCGAGGGCAUUGAAAUCCUAAAGGAGAAAUGCGAGAUCCUUCAAGUGAUGAAUGAACCCCCACAUAAUCGCCCUGAAAUUCUGGAGAAGAUCAAGGGCGUACAUGCUGCCAUUUGGGGCGGUCGAGAUAUCCUCGAUGCUGAGAUUUUAGAUGCAGCUGGUCCACAAUUUAAGGCCGUAUCCACCAUGUCCUCGGGCAUCAACAAUGUGGAUGUGCCGGAGCUGAAGAAGAGGGGUAUUCCAUUGGGAAGUACUCCUGCGAUGCUAACCAUUGCGGUUGCCGACUUAACUGUGGGUUUACUAAUCGCCGCCGCUCGGAGAUUUCAAGAGGGCCGGAGGAAGAUCGAAAGUGACAAAUGGGACAAGGACCAUCUGGACUGGAUGCUGGGUCAGGAUAUUCGUGACUCCACCGUGGGUUUCUACGGCUUUGGAGGCAUUGGCCAAGCGGUGGCCAAGCGUUUGUCUGGAUUCGAAAUUGACCGUGUGCUCUAUACCACCCGGAGUCGUGUUAGUGAGGAAAUCGAGAAGAAGUUCAAUGCCUCUAAGGUGGAUUUCGACACCCUCUUGGCGGAAAGUGACUUCCUGAUCAUUGCAUCACCAUUGAGCAAGGACACUCUGGGCUUGUUCAAUGCCACCGCCUUUAAUAAAAUGAAGGAAACAGCUGUGCUGGUCAACGUUGGAAGGGGCAAAAUUGUCAACCAGGAUGACCUUUACGAUGCCUUGAAGGCAAAGCGAAUCUUUGCAGCUGGCUUAGAUGUUAUGGAUCCUGAGCCUCUCAAGUCCCAUGACAAAUUACUCGCUCUGGACAAUGUUGUGGUCACUCCGCAUGUGGGCUAUGCCACCAGGAGAACGCGCAUCGAUGCUGCCACUUUGGCAUCCCAAAAUGUGCUCCGAGGACUGGCUGGUGAGCCCAUGCCCUCCCCCGCUUACUAAAAAGGAUCAGAGGAUGUAAAAUGUUUCAACAAGUUCCUAAAUAUAAGAUACUUAAAAAAA